CAGUCGUCUCGCAGCAUCCCCCAAACGCACUCCUUUGGUGGUGGUCUCGCUCCGACGUCAGUCCCGAAGUACUCACGGCCUAGCUAACCGGUCUGUAUUGUUACGCUGCGUUCAGACAAUUUCAAAUUGUAACUGUAGAAUGACUCUGUUUAAUUUGAAUAAUAACGGAUCAAUCAUUCGGCGGUGGCGGUGGCGACUGGGGAAAGUCGCAGUAGGGAUUUUCAAAAGUUACGCACCAGCGGUUGUCCUCUGGAAAUCGAUAAUGCCGGUCGGAGGAAGAGUGGCCGGCAAAGGUGUCGGCGUACACAAUUCGGGUGGAUCUAGUGACGGGCACGCGUCUGGUGGUUUCAACGAGGAAGUCAUAUGGAUCAGCAUCGGAAUGAGCAUAGCCAUAGUCAUACUGAUAACGAUAGCUCUUUGCUAUUUGGCUCGACAGCGGUGCAAGAAGAGACAAGAGAUAAGCGUACGCACUUAACAUGGAAAUAGUAUACACUCAUACAUCAUACACAUACCUAAGCAUACUACCUACUACGACCACCUACAUACGAGUGUUUUACUCGGAUUGCGUAAACAGAAAUAUUUAUAUGUAAUUUGAACGGCCCCACUCGCGUUGUUAUAGCUAAACCAAUAUUAUUAUUAUUAUUAUAAUUAUUACUAUAUUAUUAUUAGGUAUUAUUAUUAUCAUCAUCAUCAUCAUCAUCAUCAUCAUUAUUACUACCAUAAUCAUAAUAUUGAAUAUGUGUCCUUCACUGAAGAUUCCUUGUCGUCUCUUACUCUUGACGAUCGCGUGACACGCGUCUCAACAUCUCGCGUGCUCAUCCAGCGAUGUUCAUAAAUGGUUCGCCCGGCGUACUUAAAGCACCCCGUCAAUUUCCAACCCAUAACACCGUCAAUUAGUCAUGACGUCAGAGCAAAUCACGUCACGCGUAGUUACGUGGCGAUUGAUAAAACCCAAGAGAACCGUCUCUAAUGCAAAUAUUCGAGUCUCGACGUGUCACAUCCUCCCUAGCUCGGUAUACCUAUACUGCUGAGAUCCGCAGACGUUCUACGACAGGAAUUCCAUUACGCGUCUGCUGUUUGAUGUGUGUAGUAAUGAAUCGGUGUCAUUAAACAUUUUACAAGACGCUAAAAUAUAACACGAACCCUCGUCAUCGCGUGUUGAUAGUAAUAUUAUAUUUUACAUAGUACAUAUUGUUACUAUAUUCACGCAAAAAUCUCACACAAAUUUUAAAAUAUAAGUUUAAUAUUUAAUAUCGAUGAUUUUAUGUAUAUCCGUACUUUUUGUAGUAAUUAAUACAAUGUUGAAUGUAUAAAUAAUAUGUAUUAUUUAAAUAGCUGUAUACCGCGAACUGCGAAGACACGGACGGAUAUUAUUAUUUAUUAUAAUAAUAUGAUAUGGGACGCGUUUCUUUUUCGAUUAUAUUGUUAUGAUAACAUUAUGUGUGUGCAAAAAACGAAAAUCGCGUCAUCGAAAAAUUAUUAAUUGCAGGACCACCGCGAUACGGUCGUCGUCAUUGUCACGUGAAAGUUCUGAUAUGUACAAUAAACCACGUAAUAAUAAAAUAUUACACUAUAAUAGUCGCCAUUGCCGCUGUGAAGAUUAAUUUCAUUUUUAUUUUUAUUUAUAAUAAUAUUCGCAUUAUUCAAUCAACGAUUAUUAUAUUUUACUCAUUGAAAUCCUGAAAUAAUUCUCCUGUGGCGUUACUCCACAUGGAUCGUAUUUAAUAUUUAUAUAAUAACUCUAUAAUUAUAACAACGAUCAUAAUAUGUAUUCACAUCACUAAAAAAGAUUAAAAAAUGUAUUAUCAUAGCAUUUGGUAAAAAAAAAGUAACGAGUGACGUAGUAAAUAUAUUAACGAAACAACAUUUUAUCUCCGUGUGAAUCUAAAUCAUAAAAUUAUAUUAUAUACUAUACAUUUCCUGUAUGCUAUGUCCACAAUACUGUAUCUAAUAUAUUAAAUAAAUGUGUAAACUUUACCGAUAACAAUCCAACGAUAGCACUUAAUGUUUUUUGACAUACAAAUCAUGUUGUAAAUUUGUAAGUCAUAACUCAUAACACGCAUAAUGGGAUGUAUACAUCGUAGAAUGUAACCUUAUUUUAUAAGGUAAUUCUUCCACAUUUCAUUCAAUAAUUCCAAAAUCUGUUUAAAAAAAUUGUAAAAUAAAUUAAUACUUAUGAAAAAAAAAUAGUUGAAUUUAUAAAAUAUAAUUUACUAGUAAUUAUGAUGAGAGUGGAGAUUCGUAUCCAAGCAUAAAAUAUUCAUAAAUCGUACGCUAUAGUAAUUAUACAGCAACAAUUACAUGUGUAUGUAUAUGUUUAUAACUUAUAUACCUAUUAUAUAAUAAUAAUAUAUACUAAGACCAAUUAAUAAUAAAAUCAUUUUUUUUAAACUGUUUAAUUGUGUAAUCUGUGGAACAAUAUAUUAUAUUAGUAUGUUUAAUAGACAUAAGACAUGUACUAAUUAUAGUAUCAAAAACUGUAGUGGUUUACAAUGGAAAUAAUAAUAUUGUCUUCUAUAUUGAUAUAAUAUUGUUAUAAAUAAUAUCAUAAUAAAUCUGUAUAGCUGUCUA